CGGGGCCGAGCGGGGUCGGCGGUGGCCAUGGCUUCCGCCGGCAGGGUCUGCGCACGGAUGGCUUUGGCUGAGGCGCCCUGAGGCGUGAUGGCAAGGGCCUAGGGGAAGGCGCGGACGAGGCCGGGACGCCGUCCCUACCCUUCGGCACCCCGCCCCCGCCUGGUGCUCGUUCCCGCGCCGUUGCUAGGCAGCCGCGUCCGGGCGCGGGAGGCGGGGCGGGCCAGCGUUGCGGGGGGGGCGGGGUCCGGGUACCGGUGCCGGGGACGGGCUGUGACUGCCGAGGGUCCCGGCGCGGGCCCGAGGGCUAUGGAGCAGUACUGCAUCCUAGGCCGCAUAGGGGAGGGCGCGCACGGCAUCGUCUUCAAGGCCAAGCACGUGGAGACUGGAGAGAUCGUUGCUCUCAAGAAGGUGGCCCUGCGGCGGCUGGAAGAUGGCAUCCCCAACCAGGCCCUGCGGGAGAUCAAGGCCCUGCAGGAGAUCGAGGACAGUCAGUAUGUUGUGCAGCUGAAGGCCGUGUUCCCGCAUGGCGCAGGCUUCGUGCUGGCUUUCGAGUUCAUGCUGUCGGAUCUGGCUGAGGUGGUGCGCCACGCCCAGAGGCCACUAGCCCCAGCGCAGGUCAAGAGCUACCUGCAGAUGCUGCUCAAAGGCGUCGCCUUCUGCCAUGCCAACAACAUUGUGCAUCGGGACCUGAAACCAGCCAACCUGCUUAUCAGUGCCUCAGGCCAGCUCAAGAUUGCAGACUUUGGCCUGGCCCGGGUCUUUUCCCCAGAUGGCAGCCGCCUCUACACACACCAGGUGGCCACCAGGUGGUACCGAGCCCCUGAGCUGCUGUAUGGUGCCCGGCAGUAUGACCAGGGUGUUGACCUGUGGGCCGUGGGCUGCAUCCUGGGGGAGCUGUUGAAUGGGUCCCCCCUUUUCCCAGGGGAGAAUGACAUCGAGCAGCUUUGCUGUGUGCUUCGCAUCUUGGGCACCCCCAGCCCUCAAGUCUGGCCGGAGAUCACGGAGCUGCCUGACUACAACAAGAUCUCCUUCAAGGAGCAGGCACCUGUGCCACUGGAGGAGGUGCUGCCCGAUGCCUCUCCCCAGGCCUUGGACCUGCUGGGGCGGUUCCUCCUCUACCCUCCACGCCAGCGCAUUUCGGCCUCCCAGGUCUGGAAUGAAGUUGCAAGGACCCAAGAACUGUGGAGGCACCUGUGUCUGAGACGCUGGUCUUCAUGUAAAGCCUCCCAGAUGACCCUGGGUACACAGACAUGGAAACAGUACUAUCUCUGCAGAUCUGAGCUGGAGUUCCGAAUGGAAUCUGGGCGGCCAGAGAAGGACUUUAUCUGCAAAGCCAUCGCCGGGCACAAAGGAGAGAUAGAUGAGCUGGCCUACAUCUCAACCAAUGAAUACCGAUUUAAUGGACAGGAGAAGUCCGUGGUGUGCACUGUGUCUUCGGAUGCCACUGUGCGCGCCUGGGAUCUGCACGAGGGCACGCAGAUCUGGUCAAGCCCUCUGCAGCCUGCUGCUCUGGUGAAUCUGGUGACAUACCCUCGGCUGCAGCUGGUUGUCACCGUGGAUGAGCGGGGCCUAAUCAAAGUCUGGAAAGCAGAGGACGGGUGUGAGUGGGCCUCCUUCUCCCUGCCUACGUACUCGUCUGCCUUGGAGGCCUGUGACAUUCUGGAGGGCCCCCUCCUGCUGGCGGCCUGCGCUGAGGGGGCGCUCUACACACUGACGGUGCCCCCGCUGCAGCUGCUCUCCAGGGUGAGCGUGUUUCCCAGCAACCGCACCAGUCUGCUCUGCUCUCCUGACCGGCAGUGGGUGUUUGCAUCCACCCAGAACUCAGACCUGGGCCCAAAGGUGUUCCACACUCUGUCCUUGCUGUGUCCAUCGGAAGACGAGCCUCCUGUCUACACCACUCUCCCCGUCGAGCUGACCUCCAGAGCCUGCUGGGCGCCUGCCGAGGCAGCCAGGCUAACGGUGAUGCACAGAAAUGACAAUGGCAUGCAGUUGGUGGUCACCACCUAUGAACUAGAGGCCAAGAAGACCAGGAAUAGAGUGGACAUUUUGGUACAGCAGAUCGCAAGUUUCCUCCUGCCAGACACCAUGAUGCCUCCUCAGCUCAUGAAGAGCCAUGGCUCUCAGGUGAUCCUGCUGGUGUCGGGGUCGGAGCUGGUGCUCUUCACCGUGCACGGCCUGCAGCUGGCAGCCUUUCAGGACCACCAGAGGCCCAUCACGUCCAUGUGGGUGGGCCAGACUCGAGUCAUCACCUCCUCCUUUGACCUCUCCUUGCGAGUCUACCUGUGGAGCAAGGACAAUAAACUUCCUGUCCUCAGGAGCUGCUAUCAUCUGCUUGGUGGGUCUCACAGAUGGGCCAGCGGAUUUACUCACGUGGAAAGCGACAGCAUGAGCAUUGUAGGUGUGGAAGCCAGAAACAUUGGAACUAGCAUUCUAAGGUCAUAUUACUUCAAAGUGCAACGUGGCUGAGAUGAUUGCGUCGACGGAAAAGAUAAUCAUCACAUUUGAUGGGCUGGUCUGCAUACAGAGACUGAAGUGAUUAUUUUAUUAACAAGGGAAAGGAAACAGUAAGUUUCAGACACUGCCGGCCAGGCACUGUGCUAUGUGGCGUGUUUUAAAUCCUCACAACAAGCCAGUGAAGUCGGUAUUACUGUCAUGCUUUUUCAGAAAAAGAAUAUGAAAUAUAACAGAAGACUAGUUGACCCAGCAUAAGCCCAUUUUCCAGCUGCCAGGCAACUGCCCAGGGUUAUUCAGGUGGUUACAUAGCAGAGCAGAGUGAAUGCAAGACCUUGGGUACUAGAAAGCUCCUGUUUAAGGAACUGUGGUGGUGACAUAAUUGUUUUUUGUUGUCCAACAUGUGAUUAAGUAAGUAAAUACUUUUUGAAAUCUU